GCAUGUGUGUAACUCUUUUUCAGUGCUUGAGAAAGUCUGCUUUUCUCCAGACGUGUUCUUCAGUCUUGAUUCACGGCACCGUGCACCAUGUCUGGCUCUUAUGAUGAAUCCGCUGCUGCUGAUGAGGCCAUGGAUAGCUUUUGGGAGGUGGGAAAUUAUAAGCGUGCUGUCAAGAGAAUUGACGACGGUCACCGGCUUUGCAAUGACCUUAUGAACUGCCUUCAGGAACGUGCCAAGAUUGAGAAGUCCUACAGCCAGCAGCUUACCGAAUGGUCCAAGAGAUGGAGGCAACUGAUUGAAAAAGGACCUCAGUAUGGUUCAGUGGAGCGAGCCUGGUUAGCUAUGAUGACAGAAGCUGAUAAGAUGAGCGAGCUUCAUCAAGAGGUAAGGAAUGGUCUGGUGAACGAAGACGUUGAGAGGGUGAAGAACUGGCAAAAAGACUCGUACCACAGACAGAUGAUGGGGGGAUUCAAGGAAACCAAAGAGGCAGAGGAGGGCUUCAAGAAAGCCCAGAAACCCUGGGCCAAGAAACUCAAAGAGAUGGAGACGGCAAAGAAGACCUACCACAUGGCCUGUAAAGAGGAGAAACUGGCUGCAGCCAGAGAGGCGGAAGCGUCUGCCACACCAGAUCAGCAGAAGAAACUACACGAGAAGACAGAGAAAUGCAAACAGGAUGUGCAGAAGGCCAAGGAGAAGUAUGAGAAGUCUCUGGAGGAGUUGUCCAAAUGCACACCUCAGUACACGGAGAGCAUGGAGCUGGUGUUUGAUCAGUGUCAACAACAUGAGGUCAAACGACUGACCUUCCUCAAAGAGGCUCUCCUGGACAUCAAACGACAUCUCAACCUCACAGAAAACCAAAACUAUGCUUCUGUGUACCGGGAGUUUGAACGCACCAUUCUGGCCGCCAACACUCAGGAAGAUCUCAAGUGGUUCAGUAAUAACCACGGCCCUGGCAUGCAUAUGAAUUGGCCCCAGUUUGAGGAAUAUAAUCCAGAAGCCACCAAUGCUGUGGCUAAAAGAGAAAAGAAGAAGCCAGAUGGUGUAGCUCCGGCUACCCCGAGCACAGAGCACGGAGAUCAGCCAGGUGACCGUGGCAGUGUGAGCAGCUACGAUAAGAAUCAGGCGUACUCCACAGAAUGGUCUGAUGAUGAACAGCCCACCGGAAACUCGGGGAACGAAACUAACGGAGGUGCAAACUCCUUCGAGGAUGACUCGUGCAGCAGAGGGGGCAUGAGAGUGCGUGCUCUGUAUGACUAUGAAGGACAAGAACAAGAUGAGCUGAGCUUCAAAGCAGGUGAUGAAUUCAUCAAGAUCGAGGAGGAAGAUGAUCAGGGCUGGUGCAGAGGUCGCCUUGACAACGGCCGGACGGGUCUAUACCCGGCCAAUUAUGUUGAGGAAAUCUAAUCGCCUGACUGGAGGAGAACACAUUGGAGGCAGCUCUGAUUGUCAGAAGAUAUAACAACGCGGCAUGAAUGCCAGAGACUUUACAACGAACAACUUUCCCUAAAGAUGUGCAAUGCGGUCUUGUUUAAAGUCAAAACAUCUUAGUAACCACACUGUACAUACUGAUCUUGUCCAGGAGGUAAGGAAGAGCUUGCUCACUACUAACAUCUAAUAUCUAUUUGCAAAUAUCUAAAAGUUAUAUACAUACAGUACACAAACAAAAAAAGCCCAGUCAGUUAUGCAAGUAGGACGCGCAUUAUUUGAAUCUGUGCAGCAUACAUGUUUUUUAAUACGAUAUUACAGAUUUUAGUAUACGUAGAGAACUCUUUUUAGCAUAAUAUCCAACCGAAAAUGUGGCCAUUAUGUGUAUUUUAGGAGGCGUCCAUAUAGCAGUCAACGUGCAUUACCGGUUCUCGUCCAGUGUCUUGCAACUUGGUCAUAGUGUUUAAACAGAAAGUGACACGCAACAGACUUUGGUUUCCGUCCUUCUCAUCUGUUUACGCCUUGUCGCACUGCUUUUUCUAUUAGGUAUUGUUCUCUUGAUGUCUGUGUCUUUACGCAUAGCAGCAUGUGCUAUGAAGCAUGCUCCUCAGGUCAUCUGUACUGUAUGCAAUCUCCACAUUGACCACAGAGGGCAGCAAAAUGACAUCGACCCCAAACCGGAAAGUGGCGAAAUGAGAAACUCUCAGGCACGUUCCAAACACCGUACUUGCUACUUACUGAAAAGUAGGCAUUGUGUAAUUAUGAAGGUUGCAAACUGCAGUAUGCUACAAUUUAGUCACAGGACAUGUUAUUAACUUGGAAAAAAAAACAUGCAUACAGGACAUAAAAAAUACUGUGCACAGAAUACACCAAGCAGAAAUAUAUGGCAGUAUGAUCUUUCACACAUAGCCACGGUUGCUCCCGGGGUCCCUGUCACACCUCCACUUGAUUCGGUCAAUUGUGCUGCAGUGUCAUGUCAAGAUGCUGUGCUUUAUUGCUUUUUCCGGACACUUCCUGGCCAGGAUUUCGGGUGCAUCCUCCGGAGGUCACAUUUGUCCACUGCAUACGUCAUCGUGGUUCUCACAUUUCAGUAAAAAAAAAAACAUUUAUUUCUCUUAAGACGUCAAAUCAUUGUAGUUUCAUUUUUGUCCUUUGAAUAUAACGGUUGCUUUUCUGAAAUAAAACCUGAAAAAAGAAUCGAUGACGUAUGCGGUGGACAAAUGCGACUGGCCCGGGCGUGUCCGGGGAAAAAAAUGGCAAGUACGGUUACCUUAUCCAUGAGUAAACUGUGAUAUUGUGUCUUGUACAGCCUCGUACGAAGAGAAGGUCUUAAACAGUACAAACGUCAUCUCUUCAUUUGGCAUCUGGUGCUGUGGUCACCUGUUCAAAUCAAAUCAUGUUUUUCUCAGACGGAAUGCAUUUUGUGCACUGUUUGGACUACUCGUGCACAGCACAUUUUAUCCACAAGCUCAGCCACAGAGGGAAUUUCACAACACUCAUCGAGUCAUCGCUCAUUCAGCAAACAGAAGCCAUCAGAUUUUGCUGUCGACAUACAGUACACCCAUCAAACAUGCGUUUAGUGUUAGGGAAGUUGGAGAUGCAUAUCUGUUCUUCAUAGAAUACCUAUAAAUCUAAAUGUUGAAAUACUCGUGAUGGCAGCACAUGAUUUGCCGGCAAUAUUGGGGCACUUUGCAGGUGUCCCUCUUAAUAAUGCAUUAAUGUCAUUGCAUAUCAAACCAAGUGACAACACAAGCACACUUUGAAAUGAUAAAACUACACUGUGCAUGAGGAAGAUAAAGAGCUUUGUGAUACUUUCUGGUUGUCAAACCUGUGUGGAACGUGGCCGUAGUGGAUGAUGAAAUUUAUCUCUGGCCAUUGGUAGGACACCUGUGUGGAAGUGAUUGUAAAGAUCCACAAAAAUCCCCAUGGUACCUGUGGCUUAAGGGGUGCAAAAACAACAAAAAACCCUUCUCUGGCUCGGAUUAUUUGCAGAUAAAUCCAUGCAAUGAAAUUCAUACAUUUCAAAGUUUGACUAAAGUCUUUGGGAACAUGGUUGAUUCCUCUCUCUCUUUGCUGAAAACAUUGUGGAUUUCUGCAUUGUCCCUUGAGUUUUGUAACGUUCCGAGGAUUUGCGAUUUGUCCGAGUCCGGCCUACAAAAAAAAGGAGUCCUAGCUGAAAUAUUUCUGUGACGUACACAAAACGACGUUGAGAAGGGUAUGCACGCAAAAGUGUACUGGAAGGUAUCCUCUUUCUUAUAUUCGGUGUGUAUGAGUUGUGUUUAUGUAUAGAAAAUAAAAGUAGUGUUCUAAUUGUAAAUGUUGGCUAACAAAAGAACAAAUGCUUUGAAAAAAAAAGCGACACUGUAAUGCUCUAUAGAUACCAUAUUGUAUUGACUUGAUUUGGACUGCAACGGAAUCACUAUGUGUACCAUACCUGUAUAAAUGCGUGUGGGUCCACGCCGUCAUAUUUGUAUAUGAUGAUGUAAUUCAGAUUAUAUUCUACUGUAACUGUAAAGUGAGACAGUAAAGAAAUGUGUAAUGUACAUGCUAUUUUUAAUGUUGAUUUGUUCUUUAUGCAAAGGAAAGGAUGAAGGUGGCUUAUGUUGUGGUGUGGAGGAUGUGUGUAUGUUGAUAGUUACUUGAUGUAAAUCGAUCUCCUUGCCGGUGUAGUGCCUCCUUAUCCAUGAAAUGAUGUUCAUUUAAUAUAUAUAUAUAUAUAUAUGCAUAAGGUUAAUGAUGAUGAACAUGACAUUGAUCAAAAUAAUGUCGAGUUUUAAGUUUCUUUUGUGUUGGUGUCAAUAUUGCAUAUGUUAGUAUGGAAGGAGACAACAUGUUUGUUGAGAAAACCUGACAAA